CCGCCCUUCCAUGCGGGUAGCUGUUAUCACGGGGGGAUUGCUAAAUUGAACUUCUGCCCCCCCCCUGGUCCCGAGGGGGCCCCCCGGCUUCCGUCACGGUAAACAGGAACUCACGGAGAGGAACCGAGUGCAAAUUGAGCCAUGUGAUUAAUUAACUUGUUUAUAAUCUUCCUUAUAUUAAGGGCAUAGGCCCAUAGCGCUGGUCUUUGAAGUGGCAAAAAAGAAAACCCGAAGAGCUGCACGAGCAUAAUGGCCUUAUUAGGACCCCCUCAGAGGGACCAAGAAGCCUGCAGUAUACAGAAGCUGUUUUCUUUGGAGGCAGAGUUUGAAGAUGAGGAUUUUGUGUUGGCUGUGGAAGACGCAGAGAAGCAGGUAUCAGAUCCAACUCCUGCCAGUUCAAGAUGUUUGAGACCACCGUCAUCCAGACUGAGAACCCCCUCUAACAGCCUUGUACACGGUCAGGACUCAUGUACUCUCCACCCUUCGGAGGCAGUGUCCCCAGUUUUGCAGGUUCAAAACUUCUCCAGAUUAAGAUUUUUGCAGGACAGCAGUCCCAGUGAGAUCAAAAGCAACCAGGUGACAUCUCCUUUGAUGACUGGCUUUGGGGUUCAGAAGGACCAGGCAACCUUGUUGGCCCAAAGUAGACCACACUGCAGUUCAAGCACAAGGUUCAAGUUUGUGAAGAGACAUCUUGCUAUACCUUCUACUGAGUGUGCCCCUCACAAUGAGGAUUUUGACAAUGAGCGAUUCUUGGCUGCCUGCAUGGAUCUGGAAGAGCCUGAAAUGUUGUCAUGUCCAAGGCCUUCUAGGUCUGACUGUGAGGGGGAUCAUGGUGUUAGUGGUGCAGCAACGGCCAAGAAAAUCCGGGUGGCAGAUUCGGCAUUGUUGACCAAUGCUGUUGGUAUGGAAACCUCACAGCUGAAAGGGGCUCUGAAGGAAGCCUCAGUGGGGAUCAGCAGCCAUCUCCAGCCAGUGGAGGCUUCUUCAAGGCUGUCUCUGAGGCCCACUGCUAUAGGAUUCCACUCCUUGCACUCUAACCCAGGAACGAGCAUUACUGUAGGUACACUUUCAAGCCCAGCUUACCAGCUGCCCAAGUCAUUUCAUGCCUCUCUCGAUAAACCUCUUGUUAGAUCUUCCUCCCCUUCAGGGAUCCCCCUACCAAGAUCACUUGCUCCGCGGAUACUCAGCCAGAGUUCUUUCACACCUAGAAUAGCAAAUAGCAAGCUCUUUCCUGCUUGUGGUCCCCCUACAGCAUCUGUGGAGUCCUCACCUGCCACACCUAGAACACCUUGUUCAACUACUCCUUCUGGAAGCCUCCAAACACCAGUGGUUACCAACCACCUUGUCCGCCUGGUCACUGCAGCCAACAAAACACCUCAACCAUUGGCUUGUGUUUCUUUGCGGGCCAAGACUCGUCGCUUCCCUGGACCGGCAGGCAUUCUGCCACACCAACCUGAUGGGAAAAACCUGGAAGAGGUUAUGGUUUCAGCUCCACAGACACCUACCCAUGGAGCUUUGGCAAAGCUACGAACAGAGGGAAUGCCGGCCUCCCAGCAGCCAGCAGAAGAGGAAUGCAGCAGAGGCCCCUGGCUUGCCAUGAAAAAUGAGCUGGGUUUGGAUGAGAGGGAUCCAUCAUGCUUCCUUAAGACGUACAGUGUUGUCAUGGUGCUUCGGAAGGCAGCUCUUAAGCAGCUCCCAAAGAACAAGGUCCCCAACAUGGCAGUGAUGAUCAGGUCAUUGACGAGGACCAACGUUGAUGCGAGUGCCGUGUUCAAAGACUUAACCGGGGAAAUGCAAGGCACAAUACACCGUGUGUUGCUGGAGCAAAGAGAGAGUGACUUCAAAGCUGGCUCAGUCCUUCUACUAAAGCAGGUGAGUGUGUUUUCUCCAUCCCAUCGCAACCACUACCUCAAUGUGACACCCAAUAAUUUGGUGAAGAUCUAUCCACCAGGACUCAGUGGCAGGAAGCCCCCUGAGCCAUGUGAAGAAAUCAGGACAAGAGCGGAGGUGCUACUACCACCACCACCACUACAGGAGGAGUCAGGAUCCCAGCAGGAGCCUCCCACAGAUGCUCCAGGUCUAGACACCAUGGCUGCAACAAACGGUGGGAAAGGGCAAGGCUGCCAGGUGGAUGAAAAUAUCUGCCAGGGUCCAUUGGCCUCAAGCAAAGGGGCACUGCCACCGGAGGCUGACAAGUCAGUGCUGCGGAGCACAUCCUCCUCAAAGGCUGAUUCAGAUGACCUAGACCAGCUUCUUGGAGAGCUGCCUGAUGACUUCUUCUCCAACUCAGACGUGCAGGGUGCCUGGUGACAAUUCCCUGCAGCUUAAAGCUAGAGGAUCCUUGCUAUAGCCGAACCAAAAGGACAUCCUGAGUUCAAGGGAGGACUUUUGCACAGUGAGGUGGACCUUCUCUCUUCAGUAUCUAUAUGAACAUUGGCUGUAGCUCAAAAGAGGGCACCUUCAUGAAACACAGAGAAAAUCUGACUUCUUUCAGGUGACGGGUCCCCCCUUCUACAGCACCAUUGGCCCAUGGGGGUGAGGUUCCUUCCCAAAAUGUCUUUUACCAUCUUGCAGACUGCUCUUUCAUUUGAAGACAGGUCCUGUUCCUUUAAGGAUGUACCUGGCAGAAAUGCUGUGCCAGCAACACCCUGUCUUGAUGGGGCUGUACAUGACUCCAGAUCGGCUUUUGUUUGCGUUGGGGUCUUGCUUUGCAGUUGGAUUGUCAGACUGUCAGUUGAAUUGUCAGAUUGUCAGUUCACAUGUUAAUCACCUGCCAUUCCUGUAUUUGAAAUGCAAGCUGUUCCAUCAGUGUUCUGUUUCAGACUCAGCUACAACAGGGUCCAUCUUGUAAAUAAUCUUAAAGGGAUACAGAACAAAUUACAUAAAAAUAUGUGUACAUCAAACUGAAUUUUGCAGGUAGAUCUUUAGUGGGGGGAGAAUUGUCUCAUCCCCGUUCAAUCAUUGUCUUCCUUUCCUGUUGAUUAUUUUUGCUGAUUUAUUUAUGGGGCAACAUUGUUUUCAAAAAAGAAAUAAAAUGACCAGUGUGGGUGGCUCUGUG